CAAGAGCUUCGCCCAUGUUCUCUGUUUCCGCCGCCUCGCUUCCGGCCGAGAGUCACGCAGGCUGCUGAACUCCGAGGGACGACGCCAGAGGCGGGAGAGCUAGUUCAUCGAGCACCUAUACCAGGCUCUGCAGAGCAGUGGUGUGUCCGGCAAGGGAGCAGGUCACACGUAUCAUUUAUUCCACACAUCGGGGCUCCUCCCGCCAGACUGGGCUCUGUCCUUGGUGCUGAGGUUGCACUGGUGGGAGAAAAACCAACACGGAAACCACCCCCCCAACCCAGUGGACAGUGGAUCCUAACCUGGUCCUUAGGUCUUUUCGUGUGUUUGUCACCAAAUUUUUAUAGAGAAAAAGAGUGGAAGUGCCCACGGCUGGUGUUUCAUACCCUUGGUUCCGUGGAGGCUUGUGAAGUGCAAAGCCCUGCAUGGCUGGGAAGAGGUCGUCGAGCAGGCGGCCCCUGCUGCUGGGGCUGCUCCUGGCCGUAGCCACUGUCCACCUGGUCACCUGUCCCUACACCAAAGUGGAGGAGAGCUUCAGCCUGCAGGCCACACACGACCUGCUCUACCACCAGCUGGAUGUGGACAAGUAUGACCAUCUGGAGUUCCCUGGAGUCGUCCCCAGGACCUUCCUCGGGCCACUGUUGAUGGCAGCGUUCUCCAGCCCUGCAGUUUACAUGCUCUCCCUGUUAGAAAUAUCCAAGUUUUACUCUCAGCUGAUAGUUAGAGGAGUCCUUGGACUUGGUGUGAUUUUUGGACUCUGGACGUUACAGAAAGAAGUGAGACGACAGUUUGGGGCCACAGUGGCCACCAUGUUCUGCUGGGUGACAGCCACACAGUUCCACCUGAUGUUCUACUGCACUCGGACGCUGCCCAACGUGCUGGCCCUGCCCCUGGUGCUGCUGGCCCUCGCGGCCUGGCUGCGGCACGGCUGGGCCCGCUUCAUCUGGCUCUCGGCGUUCGCGAUCAUCGUCUUUCGGGCUGAGCUGUGCCUGCUCCUGGGCCUCAUGCUGCUGCUCACGCUGCACCGCGGGAAGCUGCCUGUGCUCAGGCUGCUCAGUCACGCCGUCCCCGCCGGGAUCCUCGGCCUAGGACUGACGGUUGCUGUAGACUCCUAUUUUUGGCGACAGCUUGUGUGGCCGGAAGGAAAGGUGCUUUGGUACAACACCGUCCUGAAUAAAAGUUCCAACUGGGGAACCUCCCCGCUGCUGUGGUAUUUCUACUCGGCCUUGCCCCGGGGCCUGGGGUGCAGCCUUCUCUUUGUGCCCCUGGGCGUGGUAGACAGAAGGACCCACGCGCUGCUUCUGCCGUCUCUGGGCUUCAUCGCCUUGUACUCCCUACUGCCGCACAAAGAGCUGCGCUUCAUCAUCUACGCCUUCCCCAUGCUCAACGUCGUGGCCGCCCGGGGCUGCUCCCGCCUGCUGAAUAAUCAUAAAAAGUCCUGGCUGUAUAAAGUGGGAUCCCUGCUCGUGGUCGGGCACCUGGUGGCCAACGCCGCCUACGUGGCCGCGUCCCUCUACGCGUCCCACUUCAACUACCCUGGAGGCGUCGCCAUGCGGAGGCUGCACGAGCUGGUGCCGCCCUGGACAGGUGUCCUCCUGCACAUCGACGCGGCGGCUGCCCAGACGGGUGUGUCCCGGUUUCUGCAAGUCAACAGCGCCUGGAGGUAUGACAAGAGGGAAGACGUGUGGCCCGGGGCUGCGGCCAUGCUGGGCUACACCCACAUCCUCAUGGAGGCAGUCCCCGGCCACCUGGCCCUCUACAGGGACACACACCGGGUCCUGGCCAGCGUCGUGGGCACCACAGGUGUGAGUCUGAACCUGACCAAACUGCCUCCCUUUGACGUCGACCUGCAGACGAAGCUGGUGCUCCUGGAGAGACUCCCCAGGCCGUCGUAGGGGAGACCGACCUCCCGCAGCCAAGUCCCUCCAAGAACGUCGUCUCCGCCAGCAUUUGGGCUCAAUUAGGACAAAACAGAAACAAAUCAGAGAACA